GAAUAAACGCCUUUAUUUUCUAUUCCACACCCCCUUUAAUAAACUGAUGAGCAGUAACGUUCAUGGCCGUGAGCGAGUAAAGGCCUCUGAGGAAUUGGUCAGAAAACGGCGAGAAAGAGAAGCCGUAAAAAUAAAGCAGUAUAAUGAUUUGGUUCAGCAAUGUCAAGAACAGUUUCGAAACGAAAAUUACAACCACGAAACGCUAUCUUUGACGACGCGUAUUCUCGAAAUGAAUCCUGACUAUUAUACCAUUUGGAAUACGCGACGUCUAGUGCUACUACGUGGCAUUCUGGUCGAAAGCCCGCAGAGCCUGAACGAUGUUGAACAGAAUCGCACAACAUACAAGAAGGAACUCGACCUAUUUAUGCAACUGAUACGAAUUAAUCCAAAGUCCUAUUGGAUGUGGAAUCAUCGUCGCUGGUGCCUUGAAACAAUGCCAAAACCCAAUUGGCCAGCCGAACUAGGUCUAGUUGAAAAACUAUUGUCGCUGGAUGCACGUAACUUUCAUGGCUGGACAUAUCGACGAUAUGUGGUUCGGCAGCUGCGUAAGGAAGCAAAAGAGAAAGAGCAAGAUGAAAAGAUUGUGCGAUCCGAGUAUGACUUCACCACCAAGAAAAUCAAUGAAAGCUUUAGCAACUUUUCGGCAUGGUACCAGCGUACACGUCUAUUACCAGAAAUUGUUCAUAACUUAUCUGUUGAUAAAAAGAACGCGAUUGCAAAGGAUGAGUUAUACUUGGUCAAAGAAGCGAUCUAUACGGAGCCAGAGGAUCAAUCAGCAUGGCUGUACUACAGAUGGAUUGUCGGACAUGUUCCCGAUCCCAUUCAAUUCAUUGGAGCUUUCAAGCUCACAUCUUCACCUCUGGUUAUACUCAUUUUUGAUGAUGAUGUCUCGUUUGUGUCUGCUCCUACUAUGAUCGAAGAUAAAACUGAAGAUACAGUUGAAGGAUCGUGGUUACCCGUUGGCCGUAAUUCAUCCUCGAGUACCAGCACUGUCUGGGUAUAUAAGCCGAAAACGGCGAAUUCAAGUCCUGCCACAGUUCGCAUCAGUUCUAGUAACCUUAUGCCUAGCACACGCUCAAAAGCAACCCUAACAACAUCUCUAGAAAGGCCGAUCAUAAAAAUACCAGCAGAUGAUGUCUCUGCUACGUGUUUAGCACGUAUAGAAGAACGUUUGAAAACCGACCAUUGGACACCUUCCACCAAACGCUCCAUUCCAGUUUCUAGUAUCUCCAGCCAAUGCGCAUGGCACACCUUGGACCAUGCAAGAUUGCUCAAGGAAGAGAUUUUUACCGUUAGAGAAUUGUUGGAAAUAGAGCCCAAUAGUAAAUGGGCACUGCAAACCCUUGCUCAUUUUAUAAAUCAACUUCGGCUUUUAGGUAGUUGUGAAAAUACCGAUGACGCCUUAGCAGAAGUAAUUAGCAUUUAUGAGGAUCUAGCAAAAUUGGAUACCUAUCGCCGCCACCGCUAUCGAGAUGCUAGUAAGUAAAUGAAAGAAGCGCAUCAAGUGUUCGUCGACUUACAUGGCAUUAUUUGUAGUAUCUAGUACACAACGCAUACAAAAGUAUCGGUCUUUAGUUAAUUUAAAAGAAAAUGUUGUACCAGACCUUGUCUCUAGCAUAUUAUGCGAUUAUGGUAUAGCUUAACUAUUGAAUAAAUUACUGCUUAGCAACCAUGUUCAUCCUAGUAA